UGCAAAUACAUUUCCGACCAGCCUAUGGCAAGCAGAGUAAAGUUUUUGGUCCUAACACGCUAAAAAGAACUUGGGAAGGGUGCGCAGUCUUGCAGGCAAAGUUCCACGUCUACAUAUUUGAUUUACGCCUCUGGGUAUACGACGUAGUAUCUACGAAAACGGUAGAGACAGAAAAAGAGAAAAGUUUAUUAGGUAGGUCACACUGUAGGAAAUCUCUGCAAGAAGGAGGAGUACAGGCGGCGCCGGUAAUCCAUCCCACCUCACUUGGAUCUGGAAGAUGAUAACGCUUACGCACAAGAUGUUUUUAUUGCCGUUUCUCGUAGCUUUUGUUUCGUGUAAUGCCCCGCCGGUACCGAUCGAUGACAUUAUUAUUGAAAAAACUUUUAGUCCAGAGCAAUGCCUGCGCGCAGUUAAGACCGGAGAUUAUGUUAGGUAUCAUUAUAACGGCAUGUUUCCAGACGGGAAGAAGUUCGACUCCAGCUAUGACCGUGGCUCCACCUAUAACGUGUUUGUGGGCCGGAGGCAACUUAUCGCUGGGAUGGAUAAGGCACUGGUGGGAAUGUGCGUGAAUGAACGACGACUUGUGAAAAUACCUCCACAUUUGGCCUACGGCAAAGAUGGAUACGGUGAUGUCAUCCCCCCAAAUUCGGUGCUGCACUUUGAUGUGCUACUGCUGGACAUCUGGAGCUCUGAAGAUCAGGUCCAGAUUAACACUUACCACAGGCCAGAAAACUGUGACCGCAAGGUGCAGGUGUCAGAUUAUGUACGGUAUCACUACAAUGGAACCCUUCUGGAUGGAACUCUGUUUGAUUCAAGUCACACACGUAUGCGUACAUAUGACACAUAUGUGGGAAUUGGUUGGCUGAUCGCUGGGAUGGACCAGGGGCUUCUGGGAAUGUGUGUCGGAGAGAGGCGCAUCGUCACCAUGCCCCCAUCACUUGGCUAUGGGGAGAAUGGAGAUGGUAGUGAUAUUCCCCCUCAGGCCUCACUUGUAUUUGAUGUGGUGCUUUUGGAUCUUCACAACCCGAAGGAUGAAAUCGCUGUUGAGGUUCAGCAUCUCCCAGACCCUUGUCCACGUAAGAGUGUUGUUGGUGACUUCAUGAGGUACCAUUACAAUGGAUCCUUGCUGGACGGAACCUUUUUCGACUCAAGUUAUUCGAGGAAUCGCACUUACGACACGUAUGUGGGAAAGGGCUACGUCAUUAGCGGAAUGGACCAAGGACUGCUUGGUGUUUGUAUUGGAGAGAGGAGAAGAAUCACCAUUCCUCCUCAUCUUGCUUAUGGAGAGGAGGGAUCAGGCACAAAGAUCCCAGGCUCAGCCGUUCUGGUGUUCGAUGUUCAUGUGAUCGAUUUCCACAACCCAUCUGACACAGUGGAGGUCACCACUAAGAAGCCUGAGGCCUGCUCACCUACUUCUAAAAAUGGAGACUACGUCAAAUACCACUACAAUGCCAGUUUACUGGAUGGCACAGACAUUGACUCCACUUACCGCUAUGGGAAGACAUAUAAUGUGGUUCUGGGAGCUGGCCAAGUGGUUAUUGGCAUGGAGCAAGGUCUGGUUGGAAUGUGUGUGGGAGAGAGACGCCGCCUCGUCAUCCCCCCUCAUCUAGGCUAUGGAGAGAGGGGAGUAGAAGGAGAAGUUCCAGGCAGUGCUGUGCUGGUGUUUGACGUUGAGAUGAUUGAGAUGGAGGAGGGCCUUCCUGAGGGCUACAUGUACGUGUGGAAUAAUGAUGUCUCUCCAGACCUCUAUGUGGAGAUGGACAAGGACAAGGAUGGGAAAAUCGAGCCCAGCGAGUUCUCAGACUACAUCCUUAAACAGGUGAAUGAAGGUCACGGACGACUGGCUCCUGGCUUUGAUCCUCACCGACUCAUUGAGAACAUGUUCACAAAUCAGGACCGCAACAAAGAUGGACACAUUACAGAGGCUGAGUUUAAACUGAAGGCAGAUGAACCCAACCACGAUGAGCUAUGAGAGGGGUUUUUGAGGAGGGUCCAGUGAUUUGCGGGGGUUUAUGAACAGAUGCCUGUGGUUGUGUGUCAGGGUGUAAGAGGUAACAGAUGUGUGUUUGUGUGUACGUGUGUAUCUAUGUGUGUGUGGGUGUCUGAAAAUUAGCAACAGAGAGUGUGUGGUGCAGAUAUGCCUUGGCUGUUAGAGUGCUCUUUUAUAAUAAAUAAUUUCAAAACCCCUAAA